CUUCUCAAACCCAUAGUUAUCCUCAACGAGAACCAUGCAACUCCUUCAAAAUCAAACUUCACCAAAAGCGGCCAUCGCUGGCAUCUUUGCCUUAGUCACCUUCCUCUGUUUUUUCAUAACGAGACUUCUUCACAAGAAACGGACCAACCGGGAUCCACCACCACCAUCGGCCGCUGGUGCAUGGCCCAUAACAGGCCACCUCCAUCUUCUCGGAGGCCCGGAUCCGGCCCACAUAACCUUGGGUCGGAUGGCCGACGAGUACGGCCAGAUCUUCUCCAUCAAGCUCGGCUCGCAUCGGGCCAUAGUGGUGAGCGGUUCGGAGUUCGCCAAAGAGUGCUUCACCACCAACGACAAGGCGUUCUCCAACCGCCCCAAGUACCUCGCCGCCGAGCUCCUUGGCUACAACUACGCCAUGUUCGGGUUCAGCCCGUACGGCCCGUACUGGCGGCAGCUGCGCAAGAUCGCCAUCCUAGAGCUCCUCUCCAACCACACCCUCGAGAACCUCCGGCACGUUCGGGAAGCUGAGGUGAGAGCCUCCAUAAAGGAGGCUUACGAAAGGUCGAACGCGCAAGAAAACGUGCCGAUCGAGAUGAAAAGUUGGUUCAACGCCCUAAACUUCAAUCUUAUCUUCAAGAUGGUGGUGGGGAAGCGAUUCGUUGGGACGGUGACAUCAGAGGACGACAAGGACCAGAACGACAGGUGCCGGAUCGCGCUGCGGAGCUUCUUCGAGUUGGCUGGCCGGUUCGUCUUGUCUGAUGUGUUUCCGCUUUUGAGGUGGUUCGACAUCGGAGGUUAUGUUAAGGCGAUGAAGAGGACGGCCAAGGAAUUGGACGAUGUGGUCGGAGGAUGGUUGGAUGAGCACAAGCGCAGGAGGGCUUGUGGAGAGGUCGAAGGUGACCGAGAUUUCAUGGACGUGAUGCUUUCCCUUCUUCAUAAUGCGGACCAGCUACCCAGUUAUGAUGCUGAUACAGUCAACAAAGCCACUUGUUUGGCACUUAUAUCGGGAGGCACCGACACCACGGCGGUCACAUUAACAUGGGCUCUCUCCCUUCUACUCAACAAUCGCCAUGUCCUAAAGCAGGCUCAACUAGAACUGGAGUCUCACAUUGGACGAGAAAGGCAAGUGACCGAGUCCGACAUCAAGAACCUAGUCUACCUCCAAGCAAUUGUCAAAGAGACGUUGCGUCUCUAUCCUGCCGCGCCCCUCUCCGUGCCCCAUGAGUCUGCCGAGGACUGCACGAUCGGCGGCUACCAUGUCCCCGCAGGCACGCGGCUCCUGCUCAACAUCUCGAAGCUCCACCGGGACCCAAGGGCGUGGCCCGAUCCUCUUGAGUUCCGGCCCGAGCGAUUCCUAACGACGCAUAAGGAUUUAGACGUUCGGGGUCAGAAUUUCGAGUAUCUGCCCUUCGGAAGUGGCAGAAGGAUGUGCCCGGGAGUGACCUUCGCUCUUCAAGUGCUGCACAUUGCGCUCGCCACUUUGCUGCAUAGUUUCGAUAUUGAGACUGCAAUGGAUGGGCCGGUAGAUAUGAGGGCGGGUAUGGGAAUCACUAGCCCUAAAGUUACUCCUCUUGAAGUGAUUCUCACUCCACGCCUUCCUCUUCAUCUCUACGUUUAAAUUUAGGAGGGUGAGAUCAUCUUUAUAACAAAAACCAUCCGUCAAAAGUUCUCUAUCCAUCAUCAGCUUCUCAAUUUCGAAGAGGGUGCAUUUGUGUUCUCUUUGAAAACAUGUAAUUACGUAUGAUGAAUCUUAUGCAUACAAGAUUUCUCUA